CCGCUCACUCCAACGACAUUUUUUGUAACUUUUCAUUCUCUCUCCAGACGGAUUCAGAAAUGAAUAUUCCAGAAGUGGCACUUGAAGUAUUGGCACGGCUUUCAUUGAAAGACAUUGCAAGAUCCAGGUCAGUGUGCAAAGAGUGGAAACUUUUGAUGGAUUCAGAUUUCUUCCGAGAUCACUUCAUCUCUCUCAACUCCUCCUCAGUCUCAUGGUCAAUCAUCCAAACAAGACCUCACAAGCUUACACUUGAAAUCUUGAGUCAUCAUGGAUGCAAAACAUGGGCACUUACUCGCUCUCCAGGAUCUUUAGUGAGUUUCUUUGCCGAGACAGCAAUCAACAAGCUACUUGUCCUAGCUUGCACUGAUGGUUUGGUCUUGGUUUACGCAGAAGCUAGCGACGGGACUCCAAUGUAUUACAUUGGAAACCCUUUGUUUCAAGAAUGGUUACAAAUCCCUCACCCUGAUUUCCUUUCUGGCCAACUUCUUGUGGCAUUUACGACGCAAGGGCAAUACAACAAUACUGGAUUGGUUACGAAGAUGCAAAGUGGUAUUGUUGUGAGUUACAAGGUUGUGUUGUUGAUCGCUCCCGAGGAUAACAAAGUCGGUUUUGCUACUUACUCAUCUAAUACAGGGAUGUGGGAAAUUCAAACUGUGACUUGUCUUGAACCUCACAGCUGGUUUUGUGACUCCAGGUCGAUUUCUUUGAAUGGAAUACUUCAUUGGUUUUCAAAUCUCAACACUUCUUUCAUAGCUUAUGAUUUCUAUGGAGGUCAUGCCAGUGCUAAUGUUGAUGAUAAGUGUUGCAUCAUACCUUUCCCUGAUAGUGGAAAAGGUUAUGAGUUACCGCGCUUUAGGAAAACCAUCACAACCUCGGAAGGGUCUAUUGUGUACUUCAACGAUUAUGGUGGGAACAGAAACAACACAUUACGCGUUUGGAGGCUGGUCAAGUACACUGAUGUUGGUCCUGAUAAGGCGUGGCAGCUCUUUUGGCAAGUGAAGUUGGAUUCUUCUAUGAUGGAUUUGUUAGGUAUCGAUUACAUCCCGGUGGUGAUGCAUCCUUUGAACUUUGAGAUCAUCUACUUAUGGAGCAUGAACAAGAAAGGUAUGGUGUUGUUUAACUUGAGGACAAAAGUGUUUACUCUUCACAAGGAAGCUGAAGACGCUCGUAAGUGUAUGGAUGGUUGCGUCUUGAGUUUUGAUCAUUGCAACGAGUAUAUGGACAAGAUCUGUGGCUACUUCUUCCCAUGGCUUCACAGUGGUUGUAACCGUCUCAUCUUUUCACAGUUUGUUCUCCCUCGUUGGUUCCACCGUCUCCCUCGUCCUCAAGUCCUCCUCAACCUACUUAAUUAG